GUUCCAAGUCAGGCUAUAAGUUGUGUGUUCUUGGGUAGUGUGCAAUGGAAUUGAGAAGUGUCUAAACCUUGGAAGUAAUUAAAUCCUUUGUCCUCUCCUUGAAACAAACCCUCAAUGAAAGUGCUUUUUGACUUUUUCGUUAGCCCAAGGGCAGAAGAUCACUACCUUUAAAUUUAAGAAGCGGGUGGUCGACAUGUUUCAUUGCUUUGCAAAUGAUGAGAAGCACCAAAACAACUCUUAUCUUUUUGACAAUGAUGCAGCUCUGCGUUUUUCCUCCACUUGCUUAAAUUAUCCCACCACCUACCCUCUUUCUCCCUCUGCUGUUUAGUGUAUCCAUCUGUGAAGUGUUAAGGUUGGAGAAAGAAAUGGGGAUUUCAGAUUGUGUUUUGGGUGGGUCAGUUCUUGUUGCUCUCGUACUAUCCCCAGUGGUUCAUGGGGCGCUUGUCCCAGCUCUCUGCAUCUUUGGGGACUCUGUAUUUGAUGUUGGAAAUAACAAUCGGCGUCUUACACUGUUGAAGGCAAACUUCCCUCCCUAUGGAAGAGACUUCGUUACUCACAAACCAACAGGAAGGUUCUGCAAUGGAAAGCUCGCCACAGACUUCGCCGCUGAAUACCUCGGAUUCACUUCAUACCCACCUGCUUACCUUAGUCCAGAAGCCAGUGGGAACAACAUUCUGACAGGAGUCAACUUUGCAUCGGCUGGGUCUGGCUAUUUUGACAGUACAGCAGUGUUAUAUGAUGCCAUUCCCCUAACCAGGCAGCUGGCAUAUUACAAGGAGCACCAACAAAAGGUUAAGAGUAUGCUAGGGCAAUACAAAGCUAAUUCCAUGUUCUCUGGUGCAAUCCACCUUCUGAGCGCAGGGAACAGUGACUUCCUUCAGAACUACUAUAUCAAUCCUUUGCUUAAUAAAAUAUACUCGGCCGAUGAAUUCUCAGACAUUCUCCUCAAAUCAUACUCUAAUUUCAUUGAGACUCUGCAUGGGUUGGGAGCAAGGAGGAUUGGAGUAACAAGCCUACCACCAAUAGGGUGUUUGCCUGCUGCUAUCACCCUUUUUGGCUACGGAAGCAACCAAUGUGUGGCAAGGUUGAACACGGAUGCUAUUUUGUUCAACGAGAAACUAAACAGCACUUCUCAAGGUCUGCGGAAUAAGCACCCUGAUCUCAAACUUGUCGUUUUCAAUAUCUACGAGCCACUCUUGGAUCUGAUCACAAAGCCCUCCGAAAAUGGCUUCUUUGAGGCAAGGAAGGCUUGCUGUGGAACAGGCAUAUUAGAAACUGCCAUACUUUGCAAUGCCAGAUCUAUAGGGACAUGCUCCAAUGCUACAGAGUACGUGUUCUGGGAUGGGUUCCAUCCCUCUGAAGCUGCCAACGAGGUCUUGGCUGGCGAUCUGCUUGAACAAGGAAUUCCCCUCAUCUCUUAAGCAAAUACUGUUAUCAAGAUUACAACAAAAUAAAACUCUACCAUUUAGUUCUA